AUGGAUCAAGUUCGUAACACUAACAUGGACAUAGAGAAAGAAUCAACAACAACCUUUAACUACUCCAAACGCGCUCAAUGGCUACGUGCCGCCGUGCUCGGAGCCAACGACGGUCUUGUCUCCACCGCGUCGUUGAUGAUGGGAGUUGGCGCCGUGAAACACGACGUCAAAGCUAUGAUUCUCUCUGGAUUCGCCGGAAUGGUGGCCGGAGCCUGUAGCAUGGCGAUAGGAGAGUUCGUCUCCGUUUACUCUCAGUAUGAUAUAGAGUUAGCUCAGAUGGAGAGAGAGAGUGGUGAAGUAGAGAAAGAGAAGCUUCCUAGUCCACUACAAGCUGCUGCUGCGUCUGCUCUUGCGUUUUCCGCGGGCGCGAUUGUGCCGCUUUUGGCGGCUGCGUUUGUGAAAGAGUAUAGAGUGAGGAUUAUUGCGAUUGUGGUGGCGGUUACGGUGGCGCUUGUGGCUUUUGGGUGGUUAGGAGCGGCGUUAGGGAAGGCACCAGCGGUUAGGUCUUCGGCUAGGGUUUUGUUUGGAGGGUGGUUAGCUAUGGGUGUUACUUUUGGGUUAACUAAGCUUAUUGGGUUAUAUGGACUUUGA